AUGGUUACCCAGUAUCAGCCAUUGCACACUGGAGAUCCCCCCUCACAGAUAAACACAUUUAAUAAGGAUAAUAACAACAAUAAUGACUCUCAGAAUUCACAUGGAAGUCCAUUUGUCGUCGUAAGCAAUAAUGAAUUUGAUGAGGAAGAGAUUACUGAAUUGGCAGGAUCACAUCAAUCGUCCUCGCAAAAUAGUACGAAUCCAGUGAAGGGUUCAAACGUAACAGGGCAUAACGAUGAAGACGUGUUUGACCACGAUUUCAAGACGGAUAUCGAUAUCGAGUCACCAUUUAUACCCAUGGGAUAUCAUGGGAAAAGUGGGAACAAUUAUAUUGAUGAUUUCGGAAACGUUUACACUGAUGUUGAUUUCAACUUUAUUAAGUACCAAGCCAAACACCUGCUAAAAGGUAAGAAAUUAGUUUAUUUUACCAGUGGUUUCGUAUCUCUCUUUGUUAGUUUAUUCGGUUACGAACAAGGCGUAUGUAGUGGUAUUAUUACAUUCAAGCUGUUCAAGAACUAUUUCCAUGAUCCCAAUCCAGAGACAUUAGGGUUUGUCAUUUCAAUUUUGGAGAUAGGUGCUAUGGUCAGCUCUAUUUUGGUUAGCAAAGUUUCUGAUUCCAUCGGACGUAAAAGGACAAUACUAUUGGGAACAACAGUGUUUAUUUUGGGUGGAACUCUUCAGUCCUUUGCUAAUAAUUUGGCUGUGUUCACAGUGGGGAGAGUAUUCAGUGGACUUGGAGUUGGUGUUCUACUGACAGUUGUUCCGCUGUAUCAAUGUGAAAUUAGUCCAAGUGAGGAGAGAGGGAAGCUUGUAUGUGGUGAAUUUACUGGAAACAUAGUAGGCUAUAGUUUAAGUGUUUGGAUCGAUUAUUUUUGCUACUUUCUCGAUACAAAUAAAGAUAGACAUCUUGCAUGGAGACUCCCGUUAUUUAUUCAAGUUGUCAUAGCUUUCAUUUUACUAGUUGGUGGCCUAUUUGUUGUUGAGCUGCCUCGAUGGCUUUUGGAUGUUGAUUUAGAUCAGAAGGGGCUUAAUGUUCUUAGUCUUUUAUAUGCUGAUAGUGACAAACUGUUAGAGAAGCCAGUUGAGGAGUUUUUUAUCAUCAAAAAUUCCAUUCUUAAGGAAAGAGAAUUAUAUCCCAAGCAUACUCGUUCUUGGAAGCUGUUGUUCCGAAAUUAUAAAUCUCGGAUUUUUAUCGGGUGUUCUGCAUUAGCAUUUGCUCAAUUUAAUGGUAUUAAUAUUAUCAGUUAUUAUGCACCUAUGGUAUUUGGUGAGGCUGGUUUCAAAGAUGCGGAUGCUCUCUUAAUGACGGGAAUCAAUUCCACGGUUUAUUUGGCAUGUACUUUGAUUCCAUUCUUCCUUGUUGAUGUUUGGGGUAGAAAGCCAAUAUUAAUACUGGGUGGUUUGACUAUGUGCGUACUGCUUUCAUUGGUAUCAUUGAUGAUGUUUUUAAAUAAAUCAUACACACCCAUGCUGGUAGCAAUAUUGGUCAUUAUAUACAAUGGUUGUUUUGGAUACAGUUGGGGUCCAAUUGGAUAUUUAAUUCCACCAGAAAUAUACCCAUUGGCAGUCCGCUCAAAAGGUGUUUCUUUGGCAGUUGCAGCUAAUUGGUUUGCGAAUUGGAUCGUUGGUCAAUUGACCCCCAUUGCACAAAAAUCAAUUGGUUGGGCAAUGUAUUUAUUCCCUGCCAUGAGUUGUGUUAUUAGUGUUAUAUGUGUUAUAUUCUAUUAUCCUGAAACAAAAGGUAUUGAAUUGGAGGACAUUGAUAAAAUGUUUGGUGAUGAGAAGGCACAACACACGCCUAUACCAAUGAAUUUUAUCAAUUCGGAAAUGAAUCCCGGACCUGGAAAUGGUAGCACUACGGGUGAUACAUUGUUAACACAAGAUAGUUUUGAACUUGAGAAUAUACCCAGAAUUGGUGUUAAAAACGAUCAUACAGAUAGUUAG